GUGGACGAAGAAGUGGUGCGGCGCGGUAGUCCCAUACCAUGGAUUUGAUGGUACCAUCUAUAACUCGGGUACUAUAAAAGACAACGAGGGCAGAAUUUUGGUAUUCAGUUCUCUUUGAACUAGCAAGCACCCCUUCUUGUGAACUGUACCACGAUGAAGCCUUUGAUACUAGCGUCAAUCUUAGUCCUUGCGGCAGUAGCGGUAAACGCAGAGGCCAAGGAGAAGAAAUCAGACGAGAAAAAACAGACCAAGCGUGGAUUACUUAGUUUAGGAUAUGGUUACGGUGCUGAUAUUGACCAUGGAUACUCUGUAGGAGAUGGUGGAUAUGAUGGUGGUAUUUCUUUUGGUGGAAGCUACAGUGGACACCUCAACUUAGUUUCUGGUGGUGAUUAUGGUCUGAGCAAUUACGGUGGAUAUGAACCACUAUACUUGGGAUCUCAUGCUGCUGUUGAAAAAACCAUUACAGUAGUCAAAGGAGUACCAGUGCCCUACCCAGUUGAAAAACACGUGCCCUACCCAGUAACUAAACACGUCCCCUACCCAGUUAAAGUAGCAGUACCACAACCCUACCCAGUAGAGAAACACGUGCCCUAUCCAGUGAAAGUACCAGUACAUGUAAAGGUUCCAGUCCCACAACCCUACCCCGUCUACAAAGAAGUCCAUGUUCCCGUUAAAGUACCAGUAGACAGACCCUACCCAGUCAAAGUAUUAGUACCACAACCCUACCCAGUUGAAAAACACGUACCCUACCCAGUGAAAGUCCCAGUACCACAACCCUACCCCGUUGAAAAACCUGUACCAUACCCCGUCAAAGUUCCAGUACAUGUCCCACAACCCUACCCAGUAUACAAGGAAGUACCAGUUCCAGUUAAAGUACCAGUAGACAGGCCCUACCCAGUACAUGUUCCUCAACCCUACCCAGUUCAUGUCAUCAAGAACGUACCAUACCCAGUAGAGAAACCAGUACCUUACCCAGUUAAGGUAGCUGUAGAGAAACCUGUGCCAUACCCAGUAGAAAGACCCGUGCCUGUUGCUGUCAAAGUACCAGUACCUGCUCCCUACCCAGUUGAAAAGCCUGUGCCCUACCCAGUGGAGAGACCAGUACCUUACCCAGUUAAAAUAGCUGUCGACAGGCCUGUACCUUAUCCAGUUGAAAAACCAGUACCUUAUCCAGUAGAAAGACCAGUACCAGUACCAGUUAAGGUACCAGUAGCCGUUGCUGUACAUGACCACCACGGUUAUGGAGGAGGAGAUUAUGAUGGUGGUUACGGAUAUGAUCAUUAAAAACUAAGUGAUCCACACUAUGUGUGCCUAUUUUCAAUAUUUCCACGACCAGAAGAGUUAUUUAUUGAAAAGUACAAAGGGGAAUUACUUUACUUUUGAUUUGUAUAUAUAUUUGUUGGAAAAGAUAAUUAUAUUGUUACCAGGUGUUAUUACCAAAGUGGCUUGCUAGUUAAAGAUAUAAUAUUUUUUUGGUAUGGUUAAAUUUUGUAUAUAGGUGUGUUACGUUUUUUUUUUAUAAUGUUUAAGUUUCUUAUAUUUUCCAGCAAAUAUUUUGAAACAAUGGUUUGAGAAUAACUCUUUUUGUCGCCUCUCGCUUCUAUUUAUAUAUUUUCUUAGAUACCUCUUAUGUUUAGUACUGUGAACUGUUAUAGCAUAUUUCUUUGUUCUAUUUAUAAAAAAAAAAUAAAUAAGUUAAGUUUUCUAUGUUUGUUUAACUUAUUUUUAUAAUGAAAAUAAAUAUUUUUGUGUA